AUGAUUCCUGUGACAGAAUUCCGGCAGUUCUCUGAGCAGCAGCCUGCUUUCCGGGUGCUGAAGCCAUGGUGGGAUGUGUUUACCGAUUACCUCUCAGUGGCCAUGCUGAUGAUUGGUGUAUUCGGGUGUACUUUACAGGUCAUGCAGGAUAAGAUCAUCUGCCUUCCGAAAAGAGUGCAGCCAUCACAGAACCAUUCUUCCAUUUCAAAUGUCUCCCAUGCACUUCCCAGUACCACCCCAUUGCCUCCACCCAAGCCAUCUGCUGCUAACCCUGCCACUGUGGAAAUGAAAGGGUUGAAGACCGAUCUAGACCUUCAGCAGUACAGUUUUAUAAACCAGAUGUGUUAUGAGCGAGCCCUCCACUGGUAUGCCAAGUAUUUCCCUUACCUCGUCCUCAUCCACACCCUGGUCUUCAUGCUCUGCAGUAACUUUUGGUUUAAAUUUCCUGGAUCCAGCUCUAAAAUAGAACAUUUUAUCUCAAUCCUGGGCAAGUGUUUUGACUCUCCCUGGACCACACGGGCUUUGUCUGAAGUGUCAGGGGAAGACUCAGAAGAAAAGGACAACAGAAAGAACAACAUGAACAGAUCCAACACCAUCCAGUCUGGCCCAGAAGGCAGCUUAGUCAACUCUCAGUCUUUAAAGUCAAUCCCUGAGAAGUUUGUGGUUGACAAGUCCACGGCAGGGGCCCUGGAUAAAAAGGAAGGUGAGCAAGCCAAGGCCUUAUUUGAGAAGGUGAAGAAGUUCAGGCUGCACGUGGAAGAGGGUGAUAUCCUGUAUGCCAUGUAUGUUCGCCAGACUGUACUCAAGGUUAUCAAAUUCCUGAUCAUCAUUGCAUAUAACAGCGCUCUGGUUUCCAAAGUUCAGUUUACAGUGGACUGUAACGUUGACAUCCAAGACAUGACUGGAUACAGGAACUUUUCUUGCAACCAUACCAUGGCACACUUGUUCUCAAAACUUUCCUUUUGCUACCUGUGCUUUGUAUCUAUAUAUGGAUUGACGUGCCUUUAUACCUUAUACUGGCUGUUCUACCGUUCUCUAAGGGAGUAUUCUUUUGAAUAUGUCCGGCAAGAGACUGGAAUUGAUGACAUUCCAGACGUGAAAAAUGACUUUGCUUUUAUGCUUCAUAUGAUAGAUCAGUAUGACCCUCUCUACUCCAAGAGAUUUGCAGUGUUCCUAUCUGAAGUCAGUGAAAACAAAUUAAAGCAGUUGAAUUUAAAUAAUGAGUGGACUGCUGAUAAACUGAGGCAAAAGCUGCAGACAAAUGCUCAUAACCGACUGGAAUUGCCUCUUAUCAUGCUCUCUGGCCUUCCAGACACUGUUUUUGAAAUCACAGAGCUCCAGUCUCUAAAACUUGAAAUCAUUAAGAAUGUAAUGAUCCCAGCCACGAUUGCACAGCUCGACAAUCUGCAGGAGCUCUCCUUGCACCAGUGCUCUGUCAAAAUCCACAGUGCAGCCCUGUCUUUCCUGAAGGAGAACCUCAAGGUCUUGAGUGUCAAGUUUGACGACAUGAGGGAGCUGCCGCCCUGGAUGUACGGACUCCGGAAUCUGGAAGAGCUCUACCUAGUGGGCUCCCUGAGUCACGAUAUUUCCAGAAAUGUUACCCUUGAGUCCCUGCGGGAUCUCAAAAGCCUUAAAAUUCUCUCCAUCAAAAGCAAUGUGUCCAAAAUUCCUCAGGCGGUGGUCGAUGUUUCCAGCCAUCUCCAGAAGAUGUGCAUACAUAACGAUGGCACGAAGCUGGUGAUGCUCAACAACUUGAAGAAGAUGGUCAAUCUGACAGAGCUUGAACUGGUCCACUGUGACCUGGAGCGAAUUCCCCAUGCUGUCUUCAGCCUGCUUAGCCUUCAGGAACUGGACCUGAAAGAAAAUAAUCUGAAGUCCAUAGAAGAAAUUGUUAGCUUUCAGCAUCUACGGAAAUUGACAGUGCUAAAACUGUGGCAUAACAGCAUCACCUAUAUCCCAGAACACAUAAAGAAACUCACCAGCCUAGAGCGUCUGUCUUUCAGUCACAACAAAAUAGAGGUGCUGCCUUCACACCUCUUCUUAUGCAACAAAAUCCGAUACUUGGAUUUAUCCUACAAUGACAUUCGAUUUAUCCCACCCGAAAUAGGAGUUCUACAGAGUUUACAGUAUUUUUCCAUCACUUGUAACAAAGUGGAGAGCCUCCCAGAUGAACUUUAUUUCUGCAAGAAACUGAAAACUCUUAAGAUUGGGAAAAACAGCCUAUCCGUACUUUCGCCAAAAAUUGGAAACUUAGUUUUCCUCUCCUACUUAGACGUUAAAGGCAAUCACUUUGAAAUCCUCCCCCCUGAACUGGGUGACUGUCGCUCUCUGAAGCGAGCUGGUUUAGUUGUUGAAGAUGCUUUAUUUGAAACUCUGCCUUCUGAUAUCCGGGAGCAAAUGAAAACUGAAUAACUUAUUUUUUCUUUAAAGUUUGACUGAAACAUGCUACUACC